GUCUCCAAGAGGGCUUUGGGCCUUUCGCUCUCUGCUUGCAGAAAAGUUUGGAGAAAGUGAAUUUGGGGUGCAUUUGGAAGUGGGGCAGCUUCCUCAGCCUUCUUUCCUUUCCAGAAGCCUCAUCUCGCACAACCUCAUCCAUUCUUCUCAACUCCGCAGCUGCCUCCCAGGCCCCUCCUCUUUUCGUUGGACUCCCCUCCCCGGUGGUGUUUUCUCCUCCCUUAUCUCAUUCCACCUCCGCUCCUCUGACCUUGUGCUCUGAACCAUUUCCACUUGUUUUCAAGUACUCUCCCUUCCUUAUCUUCACCCUUUCCCCCUCCACCCUAAACCUUGCCCUAGCCGCCCAUUUUAUCCAUCAAACCUCCCCACUUGCACCCCCAACCUCCAUCCUUCCUUCUCCCUCUUCUCCUCCCUCCUGGCAAAGCUUGACCAUGGAUCCUGGGCCUCCUGCUGCUGCCAGCCCUGCUCCUAGGGGCACCCUCUCUGCCCCCAAUUCUACCACACCCUGGCUGGGCAGGGAUGAGGAGCUGGCCAAGGCGGAGAUCGCAGUGCUGGCCACCGUCCUGCUGCUGGCCAUGGGGGGCAACCUGGCCGUGCUGCUGAGCCUGGGCCAGGCGGGCCGGAAGCGCUCGCGCAUGCACCUGUUUGUGCUGCACCUGGCCCUGACCGACCUGGGCAUGGCGCUCUUCCAGGUGCUGCCCCAGCUGCUGUGGGACAUCACCUACCGCUUCCAAGGCCCAGACCUCCUCUGCAGGGCUGUCAAGUACCUGCAAGGGCUCAGCAUGUUCGCCUCCACCUACAUGCUGCUGGCCAUGACACUGGACCGCUACCUGGCCGUCUGCCACCCACUGCGCAGCCUCCAGCAGCCCAGCCAGUCCAGCUACCCGCUCAUCGCUGCUCCCUGGCUGCUGGCUGCCAUCCUCAGCCUCCCUCAAGUCUUCAUUUUUUCUUUGCGGGAGGUGAUCCAGGGCUCGGGGGUGCUGGACUGCUGGGCGGACUUCCGCUUCCCCUGGGGGCCACGGGCCUACAUCACCUGGACCGCCAUGGCUAUCUUUGUCCUGCCUGUGGCCAUGCUCACGGUCUGCUACAGCCUCAUCUGCCACGAGAUUUGUAAGAACCUGAAAGUCAAGACACAGGCUUGGAGGGUAGGAGCAAGGGGCUGGAGGGCUUGGGACAGGUCCUCACCUUCUGCUCCAGCUGCAGCCAUGCGGGGGAUGCCCUCCCGGGUCAGUAGCAUCAGCACCAUCUCGCGGGCCAAGAUCCGAACCGUGAAGAUGACCUUCGUCAUCGUGCUGGCCUACAUUGCUUGCUGGGCACCCUUCUUCAGUGUCCAGAUGUGGUCUGUGUGGGACAAGAACGCCCCUGAUGAAGAUUCCACCAACGUGGCUUUCACCAUCUCCAUGCUGCUGGGCAACCUCAACUGCUGCUGCAACCCCUGGGUCUACAUGGGCUUCAACAGCCACCUGUGGCCGCGCCCCCUGCGUCGCCUUGCCUGCUGCGUGGGUCCCCGGCCCCGGGUGCGCAGGCAGCUCUCCAAUGGCAGGCUCGCCCGCCGCACCACCACGCUGCUGAGCCACGGCAGCUGCCCGCCCACCUUCAGCCUCCACCUAAGCCUCAGCCUCAGUGGGAAGCCGGGCCCUGAAGAGUCCCUGAAGGACUUAGAGCUGGGCGAUGGGGAGGCCACCACCGAGACUGGCGUCUUUUAGAGAAGAUGCCCUGAGGCCUGAUACUGUCUACAAGCCUAGCAGAGGAUCUCUGCCCAUGCCAGCACUGGGUGUAAGACUCGGGAGGGUCAGAGUGGGAGUUAGGGGGGCCCAGGCUGAGGCAGGGUGAAGAGGCUGGAAUGGCUACCCCUACCCUUGAGGUCAGCUUCCCUAAUGGAUAGUUCCUGGUCUCAGAGGCCAGGAGCCAUGGAGAAUGAAUCUGCUGUCGCCCUGGUUCUGCUGUAUGGACAGGGUGUCCCUGGACAUGCGCUGGCAGUGGAUGUGGUGCCCUGGACCUGGGCAGGCCAAGAAUGGCACUGUGUGUGGGUCCACGGCUACACAGGAGCUGGUCUGGUGCCUUGGCCACAUGUUCCCAUUCCAGCCUGACUGGCACAUCUCAUCCCAACCAGGAGGGGGAAACGUGAAAGCUGGUGGGGAGGGUCCUGUUUGGAUCCUAGGUUGUUUUGGGGAGAGGGGAGAUGGUUUAAUUUAAGAGGUGAGUGGGUAUGUGGGGCUUCUGCUAUGCCCUCCCAUCUCCUGACAGCCGAAUGGAGGCACAGGAUGGAGCCCAGCACCUGGUAGCUGCCAUAGAAAAAGCCUUGCAAAUGCUAGGUCUUCUAGGGAGGAUGGCAGCGGGGAGAGCUGUAGCCCUCAGUGGAACAGCCCACUGGGGGUGAGAAUGGGGAGAAAGAGGGAAGGAAAGGAGAAGAUGAAAAUGGUCACACUAAAAUUAAGAACAAGAAUAAGCCUCAGAGGCAGCAGGGACUGGUUGCUCUACCAUCCCCUCAAGGGGAUCCAGACUGCUUCGUGCUCUGGGGCUGCAUGGAGGAGGCAUCCUUUGAUAGAGGUACUGCGAUCAUAGCUCUGGACAUCCUUGAGGCUCUCUAGAACUUCCACGACAAAUUAUAUGGAUGCUGUGAUCAAGUCGAGAACCCAGGAUUGGAAUCUCAGCUUUGCCUUCAGACAUUUGCGUGACCAUAAGCGAGUCACCUCCCCUCUCCAGGCCUCAGUCUCCGUUGUGGUCUUUCCCUGCGCUAACUUUUGCAAGACUGGAAAUGGUGUUACAGUGUAGACAUACAACAGGUGUCCUGACCGACAGGCUCUGGAAGACUUGUUAGGUUUUCAUGACAAUGACACUUACACCCUUUGAUUCAAGUCUGGUGGUGGCGCAUCCUGCCGUGGCCAUACUGACCAUCCAUUUUGGUCUAAGUUCUCGGUGUAAACCCCCCUACCCAAGGCCAGGAGAGACAGCAGGGCAAGGUGGGAUCUUUUCUCAGUUCCUACUCAUUAUCCCCACUGGGACUUCUAGCCUGGGUAGCUCCCCCACGGCCUUCUCUGGUUCUAGUUUGAGAGGCAGCUUCACGGUGGGAAGAGCAUCAGCUGGGCCAGUCAUGGUGUGGGGUUAAGGCAGCUGGAUCCCCAUUGCCCACUGUGUGAUUCAAGGCCUGGAC